AUGGGUGGUUGUGGAUCGAGAGAAAAAGAGUUGAGAGAGAAGGUUGGAUUUUCUUAAAGUGAUUAUGAUUAUGCACUAAAAAAAUUUAGUAAGAUGACAAAACAAAAACCAGGGAAAACAGACGAACAUUUUAGUUUUGAAGGGUUCAAGCAAUAUUUCACAGAGAAUCCAGUGUUAGCAUAAAAGCUGUACAUUUUCAUGAGAAACUAUGGGGGCUAAAGUUAUGUAGAUAGCCUUACUUUUCUCACAGUUGGUAUUUAAAAAAUAGGACUUUUAGUUGAUUUAUUUACAAGGGUUUCAAUGAAGUUAUAGAGCUAACUCAAGAACUUAGAUAUAUAUGCACUAUUCACCUUGGUAUCUUUGUCAUGUCCUGACAUUAUGCAAAGAGAUACAUUCAAUUUAAAUAAUGUAUACAAAAUAAGUGUGAGUUAUUCAAAUGCAGUUAAACUAUUUAAAGUAUACAAAAUUAUUGAUUAUUAGGAACUCAUCAACAUGCAGAGUGAUAAGGGAGAUAUUUUGUGUCAUGAUGAUGAUCAAGCACCAAUUUUAAUAAUAAAUAGCAUAUUUGAAAAUCAUUCCAUAUUGAAUUAUAAAGCAUUUAAUGAUAAAAUUAAAUCAGAAACUCCUCUUAUUUCUAAGAUCGUUAAAAAUUAUAUCGCAGGAAAAUUUAUUAACAAAGCUUUGAGGAAUUAAUUACCAAAAUUGAAUCCUAGUGAACUUAUGAAUAAAUAACUAAUAGCAUUACUUAAUUUGAGUGUACCUUGGUUUUAGAAAUGCAUAGCACUUAAUCAGAUGUAUAAAUAUGAAUUGGAUUCUGGACAGCAAUAUAAUUUUAAUGUCUUAGGAAAUUGUUUACUUUAAGCUAAAGGGCCAAAUAUGAUUUUGUUUAGACAUUCCCAAAAAGAUAAAGAUGGAGAUAAAUAAGAGAAAUACGUAUUUGGUUAUUUCUCACCUUCGUAAUGGAGAGUUUCUCCUGAUAUAUCUGGAAAUAAGGGAUCAUUCAUAUUCUCCAUCCAUCCCAAAUUCAAAAUCUUCUCAACUAAUGGUCAAUAAUAAAGUAAAUUUGCUUUGCUCGUUCCAAUAAUUACUAAGAGACAAAGCCAAACUCUCCAUUCCCCACUUAGAUAAGGGCCAAAAUAGCCUGGACUAGGUAUAGGAGGUAGUGGGUAUGAUCAUCACAGAAUUUGGAUAGAUGGUAAAUAACUCUAAGCAAGUAGACUUGUGGAAGAAGACAAGACAUUUUAAAGUGGUUAGAUAUUACCUGAAGACAUACAUUUACUUAAUAUUGAUUUGAUAGAAAUUUGGGAUCUCUAAUUAAGUACUGUAGGAUAAGGCACUUCUUAUUUUAAAUCAGCAUCCCCAUAAAUACAUUUUAGUGAGGAUGAGAAGAGGGUUAACUAAACUUAAUUGAGGGAUUUAAUUAUUAAUUUGAAUCAACAAUAAGGGAGAAAUGAUUAUGUAUUAAAUGCAUUUAAUAGCUUUUAGAGAAGAGAUACAAAGGAAUUUUAGACUAGCAAUCCUUUACUUCCCAUAAAUGAAGAAGAAGAAGAAAAAUAAUAAGCAAAGUGA